AUGGUUCAAACAACAUGUGACGAUGUGGCGGAGAGCACCGUGGACAUAAUACAUGGGACAAUACAUGAUAGGGCGACAGGGGGAGUGGUACGGAGUGUGUGGGGGGGGGGAGGGGGUGGAGGGGUCGGGAAUUAUGGGGUAAGGGGGUUGGGGGUGGUUGGGAGGGGUGGUGGGGUUGAGAAGAGGUUGGGGGGGGGGGGGGUGUGGGGGUGGGGGGGGGGGGUGUUGGGGGGUGUGGGGGGGGGGGGGGGGUGGGGGGGGGGGGGUGGGGGGGGGGGGGGGGGGGGGGGGGGGUGGGGGGGGGGGGGGGGGGGGGGGGGGGGGGGGGGGGGGGGGGGGGGGGGGGGGGGGGGGGGGGGGGGGGGGGGGUGGGGGGGGGGGGGGGGGGGGGGGGGGGGGGGGGGGGGGGGGGGGGGGGGGGGGGGGGGGGGGGGGGGGGGGGGGGGGGGGGGGGGGUGGGGGGGGGGGGGGGGGGGGGGGGGGGGGGGGGGGGGGGGGGGGGGGGGGGGGGGGGGGGUGGGGGGGGGGGGGGGGGGGGGGGGGGGGGGGGGGGGGGGGGGGGGGGGGGGGGGGGGGGGGGGGGGGGGGGGGGGGGGGGGGGGGGGGGGGGGGGGGGGGGGGGGGGGGGGGGGGGGGGGGGGGGGGGGGGGGGGGGGGGGGGGGGGGGGGGGGGGGGGGGGGGGGGGGGGGGGGGGGGGGUGGGGGGGGGGGGGGGGGGGGGGGGGGGGGGGGGGGGGGGGGGGGGGGGGGGGGGGGGGGGGGGGGGGGGGGGGGGGGGGGGGGGGGGGGGGUGGGGGGGGGGGGGGGGGGGGGGGGGGGGGGGGGGGGGGGGGGGGGGGGGGGGGGGGGGGGGGGGGGGGGGGGGGGGGGGGGGGGGGGGGGGGGGGGGGGGGGGGGUGA